AUGGAGUUGGCGGACAAGCUUGGACUUCCGGAGUACGACUUCAACAGCCGCAUUAGGUUUAGCUCUUCGAAGGGAUUCUUCUGCCAGCUUUUCAACACAGGGACCACCGCUCUUGCGACGUUUCUGUCAAUGCAUCCCAAUGUUUCAACAAAUGAACCCAUUCCGGGAUCAUUUGAGGAGCUUCAGUUCUUUGGUGGAGCAAAUUACCAUAAAGGAAUAGAGUGGUAUUCACGAAAAUUCAGCCCUGAUCAUGUCGUGUUCGAUAAGAGUGCAACAUAUUUUGACAAUCCAUUAGCUGCAAAACAAGCAUUCGCUCUUGUGCCAAAUGCAAAAAUUGUUGUCAUAUUAUAUGAUCCCGCAAAAAGGGCUUAUUCCUGGUAUCAACACAUGUUGGCACACAAUGAUUCGUCGAUUACUGUAGCUGACAGUAUGGAAAAAGUGUUGGAUGCUGCAACCCCACAGCUGAGAAAAUUGAGGCAACGAUGCUUGUCAGGAGGACGUUACACGCAUCAUCUUGACCGAUGGUUAGAACUGUAUCCGUUGUCAAAUCUGAUCCUGAUAGAUGGCGAGAGGUUACGUGAAGAGCCAGCU